CCACAGCGGAGUGUUUCUGCUCUCUGGAAGAUGUUCUUCACUGAUCUCAAUGGCAUCUCCCUCUCCCACAUCUUUCAUGUCUUCACCGGGGUACAAUCUUCUUACUCAGUCGAAGAACACCAUUUCGUGGCUGAAUAAUAUCACUCUUGUUGCUGGCGGCUCUCUGCUGAAGCCAUGAAUGGAUUAUCCAACAAGGGUAUAAGUAUCUUUCACCAUGCUUGAUCCAGCCUUUCCUCUCCAUCGACGAAUUCUUCCCACAUCCACCGACAGAUUCUCUCGUGAAUCUUGACCCCAUACCGUCACAACAAAAUGACUGACCACUACCGUGGCCCAACUCCGCCCCCUCGGGAGCCAAGCGCGCAGCCCGACUUCCAACGUCCUCCGCCAGCCAUGGACCCAGACGUGUUCUGGGCGAUACCUGUGAUCCGAGAUGCCCUGAAUGGAAACCCCCAUUCGCCGUGGACAGCGCAGGACACCUGUGACCUCUGGCGGCGGAUCUUGGCGGUACGCUUCGCGGACUGGAGUAUCGUGGUCAGCCCGAUUAGCAGCCCGCUGAGCGAUCUCUCACCUCUCCGCGAGGUCGACUACGAGAAGGAUGCCGAUAAGAACACGCCCAAGGGCAUGAGUACGGGCCGGGACCCGGACGACCCGCCCACACCUUCUUCUCCUCCAGUCCCCCGCGCGAGGGUGGACUCAAGUUCGUCGGGCUCAGACAUUGCCCAUGCGGCGGCUCCUUCACCACUCCUAAACCCGCGCCCCGGCCGGCCCUUGUGGGCACGACCGCCCCCCCUGCAACGCCGUGGUGUGCAUGGUCCCGAGCCGAUCCCGAAUGUCCCUUGCAACCUCCCUCCUCCCCAGUUUCCGUUGCCCGCACCCAUGUAUGCAUAUGCGCCGGGGGUGGUGCAUGCGCCACGGCCCGUGGAAUCCAAUCUUCGUGAGACAGCCCCCAGUCCUGCCCGCGCCAACCCCGAGGCCAGCCACCCGGUUCUCGAUGACACCAGGCUCCUGGCUUCGAAUCUGCCUCCCCGCGGGGCAGUGGGCUUUUCAGCGAUCGCAUCCCUCUUCGCCGGUCAAUCUAUGGACGACAGUGAAGCCGAGGCCGAGGACAUGGUGGAGGAUCCGCAUCCCCAUUUCACCAGACAACACGCUCCUUGGCCAGCCCUUGCCGAGCUCUACACCGGGUUCCCCCCGCCCGAAGUCCUCUCAGGGCCGACGCCCACCGACACCCAGCCGCCAGGCCACGGCAACCCGAUCCCCCCGGCCCGCGAGUUCGAGUACCCUUCGUAUCCCGAGCCCCUCAACGACGAAGAGGUCGAGUGGUCACGGCCUUCCGCAGCAGGGUUCACCCGACCCCGCGCGCCCUCCGAGGAUAGUGACUCCUCAGACCCCAACGAGCGAAUCCCCCAACGAGGCACCUCCGCGCGCCGCCCAAUCGUCAUCCACAGUGACAGUUCCUCCUCCUCCUCCUCCUCCUCCUCCUCCAGCCCAUCCCCCCAGCCCGCCUCCGCCGGCAUUAUCUUCCCGCCUUUCCCCCCGAAGCCAACCUACAACCUCGAAACCGCCCCGCCAACAUACCCCCAAACCGCCGACCCGAUCCUCACCCUCCUCCUCACCCGCGCCCUCCCCGGCCAGCCCGACCACCCCCCGCGGCCCCGCCUGUUGAUUUUUUGCCACCCGGGCCUCGACAUCCACGAGGAAACCGAAUGCCUCGACCGCAACUUCCACAUGGCCCUCCGCGAGAUCACGCACGUGGUGGACACCUAUGCGGAGGGGUGCGCCCCGGAGCGGGCGGAGGACUCCCCCGAGCAGCGCCGCGCCCGGAGGCGGGCGUUGGAGGGCCUGCAUGUGGCGCAUGCGUUCGGGUCGCGGGUGCGGUUCUUUGAUUUCGAUCGCGCGGAUGAAAACGAUGGGAAGUUUUUGUUGGAUGGGUGCGGGUAUAUGUUUCCCCGGGGACCCCGGAUGGAGGCGAGGGAGGAUCCGAGGGGGUUUUUGAAGGGGUUGGAUGUUGUUGUUGGGUGGAGGUGGUAAGAUGUAGUAGUAAGUUAGCCAGAUUUGUGAGGGAGGGGAGGGUGUGAGCUGUGAGAUUAAAACAGGGUGAAUGUUUUGUGCAACUGUUGCCGAACAAAACAAAAAGAUGGAAAAUAGAAA